GUUAGGCUUUUUCCUAAUUCCCAAAAUUGUAAUACUUCCAAGACUAAUUAUUAUUGAAUAAAAAAUUAAAAACCCACCUUUUCUUGUUUUUUACCAAUACAACGACUCUUUGUUUUCUGACUUCUGCUUUCUUGUUCAUUGCUAAUGGGUUUCAAUUUUCUCACUCUCUUUCUCAUGAAUCUCUCAUAAUCAAUUAACAUUGGAUUUUUAUUUUUCAAAUUAAAAAAAGUAGGAAGCAAAUAGCAGUAACAACCGUUAGCCGGACUGCAGACUGCGGCUGCGAGCUGCGGCUGUGCCGCCGUGCCGGAGUGCGAGCUGCGGCUGCGGCGCUGCGCUUCAAGAAACUGCCGUCUCCGACCUCCGUUACUGCCCCAAUCGACGCGGCGGCGCCACCAUCUACUCACGGCCUCACGCGGACUGGACGACUGGUAUUCAGUGACUUAGUGAGAUUGUGAGAAGAUGACCAAUGAUAAGGGUAGCCCUUCAACAAAAAGAAAGAAAGCAACCUUGGAUUGGUUUGUUCAAAAAUCAAGAAAAGGUGAAUCAAGUUCUUCAAGAUUGCCUACUACGACACCAACUCAACCUCCAUGUCCUCCUACAUCUCAAGCCGAACAAGAGUUUACUUCCCCGUCAAAUGCCACUCCUCAAUCUCAAGAGACGGCGACGGAAUCGAUACCUACUACUUAUGGUAGUACGGGUACCACUUGUGCAUCCAAGGAGAGACUAAACCAACUUGAUGUAAAUUCUCUUCCACAUGAUCCGGCCAAAAGGAAGAGAAUUGUAGAAUAUCAUCCCAUGGACCAUGAAGUGGUGAGAAAAGAAUGCAUUCAAAGAGGUCCUUGUCAACCAAAGAAGCACAAAUUUCCCAAGACGGAAUUUGAAGAAGGUAAAAUGCGUCGCUUUAAUCCUUCUUGGUUUAAGAAGUAUGCUUGGCUUGAGUAUAGUGUUUCAAAAGAUGCCGCAUAUUGCUUUUAUUGCUAUUUGUUUAAGAAUGAAACUACUAAAGUAGCGGGAGGAGAUGCAUUUGUCAUAAAUGGUUUUCAAGUGGAAAAAGCCAUGUAGGUUAAGGAGGCAUAUUGGUGGUGUUAAAAGUGCUCAUAAUCAAGCUUUUGAAAAGUUUGAAAAUUUGAAGAAUCCACAAAAUUCCAUUCAAGCUUCUUUAAACCAACAAUGUGAACAAGUUAAAAGUGAAUAUGAAAUUCGUUUGACGGCUUCACUUCAUUGUUUGAGAUUUCUUUUGCUCCAAGGUUUGACAUUUCGUGGUCAUGAUGAAUGUGAAGAAUCAAGUAAUAAAGGAAAUUAUUUAG